AUGGACGUCAACGCCAUUGUUGCGAACCUCCCACGCGACAACUGGAACGCACGCUGUAUCGAGCAACUACCCUUGCAACAAGACCAAAACUUCACGGGAGGCCUGAUUCAUCUCGUGGAUGCCUUAGGUAGGCGGAUGUCAAUAUUCACGAAUGAGACUUGGGGUAUGACGAUAGGGGAUUGUUACCAAUAUUGUAAUUUGCAACAUGUUCCUUAUGUAAGUAGUUUUGAUUUCCAACCCUUUGCGAGCGCAUUUUCCAAUUACCUGCUCCCCUGGCUUGCACUUACAGCCCAACUUCCAUAUGAAACGAGUACCCCGUGGGAUAAUCUCCUGUCGUUGUGUAUGUCCGUCGGAUCGCCCGCCCUCAUCACAUACUCCCUAUCACUCACCAUCUUAAAUCGAUAUAGCUUGAGUACGCGAUGGCAUGCUCUUCAUCAAACCGCCCUUUCACGCGCAGUCCACGACAAAUACAGCGAUUUCAGUGUUCGCAUAAAAGCAGUCCAAUAUCUUCUCCAAGAAGCGCAGCAAGUCCCAUUACGAGCAAGUCAAGAGCGCGGGUGGUUGAGUAGUCUGAUCGUCGGCCCCAAGAAUCAAGGAUGGUGGCGUGGUGUGCAAAGGAGACUGCGGAGAACAAGAAGAGGGGUGACGUUUUCCUUGGUAGCUCAGAUAUUAGCUGCGGGAGUUGCAUGGCUGUUCACUGUCUCAAGCGAGUUCGUCGAGAGCCGAGGAGACCGAGUUGUAGCGAAUCAGUUGAGUAGUGGGAGCCUGUGGCUGUGGUUGAUCCCGGUCAUCUGGGGAUGGGUUACGGUUGGCACGCAGAAUUUCGCGGACUCCAUCGAUGAAGCUCUUCGCGCAGAUGCCGCAUAUCGAGCCAAGGAGCCUCCGAUUCUAUCAGAAGCCACGAUCACGGAAAAAGGCGAGCAGCGUGGCAUCAUGGUGCGGUCAGUUCCACCCGUGACGAAUCUCGAACUUCCUCGUUGGCUGGGUUCGGAUAUAAUGGGCGAUGAGAAGCAUGGGGGUCCGAUCUUCAAUUAUGCUAGGGUUUUUACUUGGUGGCAACUGGCGCGGACUAUUGAGUCUGCGUUGACAGAAACAGUGAAUGGUAUUGCAACAGGGCAGGCUUGCAAACCUUCACAGGAAAAGGUUGUCUUGAGACCAUGGAAUUCCGAUCGAAGGCCUGAGGAAAACCUUGCCGGAGACUCGUACACGACUGCUCAGUACUGUGGAUUAGACUUGAACCGUGGCCAAAUUCUGGCGUAUCCAGAGUGGGAUGAAAUAACUGCCGACGUGUGGAAGCGCAUCUUCGUUGCUAGCAUCGUCGCCAUGUUCGUUCAAUGGGGUACGGUUGGACCUGGCAUCCUGAUCGCAUACUACACGCCAACGAAAGGUAUCGGGUGUCGAAGUGCGGGUUAUAUCCUUUACGGCGCUUCUGCCACGCUCGCAUGGAUGUUGCUCGCUGCUUCGGCAUUGUUCUCACACGCGGCAAUGCUCCGCUACCAACGCGAGCAUCGUUAUGAGCGCAACACCGCGCACUCGAUUCUGUGCGGUCUGGCUGUGUCCACGCGUCUCCUUGGUAAGAUGAUCGCGGUACUGAAUACAAUCUGGCUUGUUCUUUCUUCGCUUCUUGAGUAUACUGGAGUGUAUGACAGGUGCUAUUGUAAGAGAAACCAGAUUGGCUUGGGCAUGGGUGCAGGGUGGUUGGUGUUGUUCAAGACAGAUAACGAUUUAGCGCAGUAUGCGACGACACCGUGGGCCGGUGGGGUGGCGAUGAGCAUUAUAGUUUGUAGUGUGAGCUAUCUUUUCUUUUGGUUGGGGAGUCGAGGUAGUGCGAGGGAGGCGUGA